CACUCAUACCAUUUCAGCAUCUCUUUCAAUCAACUGUUAUCACUUCGUCACGGACACUCUGUCAAGACGUCUCUUGUGUGAUCAAGUCACUGCAAGCUAUUCCUCUGGAAACACUGUGCUGAGGAAUUACCAGUAGCUUGUACAGUCCUCCACGAGAUGGCUUCCAGUGUGCUAUCCAGCCAGAUCGCUGUUUCAGGCCUGGCAGCGCCAUGCGCGGCUCCCGUUGAUUCCAAGGAUGCCGCGUCGUGCCCAUCCGUGUCCUUCAGAAGUUCCGCCUUCUGCCAAGGAUCGGCCUCCAGAGUCGCCUUCCGCGCCAGCGCCAAGCAUUCAGUCCGCGCCGCCGUCUCCGCCUCUUCCCGCGGCGUCGUGGUUGCGAACCUGACGGGCGAGAACCCCGACUGGAACGACGACGACUUCAUCACGGUCGGCCUCGCGCAUUGCUUCCAGAAGGACGAAUCCGGGAAGCUGCAGGACAAGUUCGUCAUCGAGGCAAUUCCCGCCGGCGCGCUGGAGUGCAUGGAUAACGGCGGUGUUACAUGUUACACGCACGUGACCGCCACGACGCUCGGGGUGGUGCUGAAGCAGGACGCCUCGCUGCUGCCGGCUGAGUUUCAAAACGGCGUCUUCGCGGAGGACUUCGACUUCCGGACAAAGUGCGCGUCGAGGACGUGGAAGAGGCAACACCCGCAGGAGCACCUCCUGAACCUGGUGCCAUUGGGCACGGUGCGGUCGGACUUCAACUUCUCGGUGGAGGACAAGCGCGUGCUUAACAUGGAGAACGUGGUGGACGACUCUGACAACAUCAAGCAGGAUCUCAGCAUCGACGUCUAUGGCCGCGCCAAGGAGGAGAACGAGGAGAAGGAGAUCGAGAAGCUCUACAAUGUUUAGGCCGUUUGAUUUGAACACUGGUAGUUCUGUACUCAUUUCCUUGCUAUUUUACUUUUGCACAGCCUAUUUAGGUUGUGUUCUUUUGCACAGAAGUGUACAAGGUGUUCUCCUGUUGACUAUCAGGCGGGAGCAUCUGAUUUC